AGAGAGAGAGAGAGUGACAGCCUGAAAUUCCCCCGCCAAACCCAAAAGGCAAAAAAACCAGAAGAAACCCUUGCUGCCAGUGAGAAUUCCGAAGCUUGAGAGAGAAGCAAUUGGAGCAUGGCGGAAGGCCAGAUUGAGAUCCAGGUCCGUGCGCUGGAAGGCAAACCGGCCACGGUUUCGGUCCCGGUCGACGAAACCAUCGACGGCCUCAAGCUCCUUCUCAAGCAAUUUUUCCCACCCGCCAAAAACUCCCCCAAUUUUCACCUUUUCUUCAAGGGUGAGAAGUUGAGGCUGCAGAGUCAGAUUGGAAGGCUCAACAUUCGUCCGGGUGAGUUUCUAGUGCUUGCCCCAUUUACUAAGAAAGACCCGAAUUGUAAUGAGACCCCGAAAUCUGAACAAACGAAAACACCAGCGAAUUGUCCUAGUAAAAGCUCGAUUAAGAAGUUUGCCGAUUCGGCGUGGUCUGAUAUGAUGGAAGACUUAACCUUUUUACAUGACAAUUCAAAUGAUAAAACUCCGAAGGGGCCUAGUGUAGGAAGUUUCAAUCUUGGAGGUAGAAGUGAGGUAAAUGAUGAAGCCGCUAGUUCUCGCGCUUGUGGAGCAAAGAGAAAAAUGGGAACUUUUGAUUGUGAUGACAUUGUAUUGGAUAUAUUGCGUUCUAGUAUAAACGGAAAUGUCCUUGAUGAACAGAAUUUUAAAAGGUUUAUUGAGGUUUUGGAGACGGUGAGUUGUUUAUCAGACCCUUAUUCCCGGGACUGCUUGUUGUGGAGAAGAGCUGUUUUGCGGCAACAGGGCUUUGGCACUGGACUGCAUAAAGGCAAUAGUAGUUCAUGCUUGUGUCCAGCGUGGUUGAAGAUAAUCAUGAAGGCAUUUGCUUUCUUAAACACUUUUUCUGCAUUUCUUCAAUUACAGCAGGCGAGAACAACCUCAAUCAUUUUGGAGCAAGCAUUGCACCAGCUUGGGAGAUUUGGAGUUAGGCUUGGUAUGAAGGACAUAGAACAUCUUUCCAUUAUUUCUCCUAAGGUAGUACAUUUUGCAAAUGAGAAUGCAGAGCUGGAAGGUUCUGGUAAUGUGCUUGUUAUUAUCAAUGGUUCAACAGGACAGAAUGGUCGAAAUGAAGAUCAUCAUAAAUAUGCUUGCAAGCAAAUGGAUAUUUCAAAGAUUAUCAGUAUAUCGAAAAUACGGGAAAGUUCUUUCAGAAGUAAUUUGUGGGAGGCUGUAGAGUUGUUAAUGUUUAAAACUGGAAAUGAGACUUCCAUGGAUUUUUCCUUGGAAGACUUGCUCAAAUCAGUGAAGGAAUGUGGUCCUGCUGCAAGAGGAAAUGAAGCAAAGCGACUAAGGGUAACACGUGCAGCUUCAAAUAAUUAUUUUGACCGAAAUCAAUCUAAAGCUUCAAGAAAACAUCGAUGUUGUUUAACAGGUUCAUUCCAACCAGAGGAGAUGAUUAAACAUCUUAGAGAGGGACUUGGAUCGAAAGGACAGAUAGUGCAUGUUGAAGACAUUAGUGCUCGGAGAGCCGCUUAUGUAGAAGUUCUACAAGAACUAUCUGAAAACAUGAGAUCUGCACUUCGUAGCACUGGAAUCACUCAAUUAUAUACUCAUCAGGCAGAGUCAAUACAAGCCUCACUUUCUGGGAAGAAUGUUGUUGUGGCAACAAUGACAUCGAGUGGGAAAUCUCUUUGCUACAAUCUGCCGGUCUUAGAAGCCUUGUCCCACAGUUCAUCUGCAUGCGCUCUAUAUUUAUUUCCAACAAAGGCUUUAGCUCAGGAUCAACUAAGAAGUUUGUUGGCUAUGACCAAAGGAUUCAAUUGUGACUUAAACAUUGGUGUAUAUGACGGUGACACUCCUCAGGAGGAGAGGACAUGGCUGCGUCAAAAUGCUAGGCUGCUAAUCACAAAUCCAGAUAUGUUGCAUGUAUCACUCCUGCCAUACCAUAAAGGAUUUCGGCGGAUUUUGGAAAAUCUCAGGUUUGUAGUCAUUGAUGAGGCACAUGUGUAUAAGGGGGCAUUUGGUUGUCAUACUGCUCUAAUAUUAAGGAGACUUCGCCGGCUCUGCUCACAUGUAUAUGGAAGUGAUCCUUCUUUUGUGUUUUCUACUGCAACUUCGGCAAAUCCUCAUGAUCAUUGCAUGGAACUUGCUAGUCUACCAACUUUAGAGCUGAUUCAGAAUGAUGGAAGUCCGUCUGCAAGAAAGCUUUUCGUCCUUUGGAAUCCUAUUGCGAAUCUACAAAGACAAACUACGUCGACGACAACCAAUAAUAUUAUGGAUAAUGGUAACUCUGCUGUUGAAAAUGCUAAUCCCCAUACUUCAAGCCCAAUGAUGGAUCUUUCAUGCCUCUUCGCUGAAAUGGUACAGCAUGGUCUACGUUGCAUUGCGUUUUGCAAAUCACGCAAGCUUUGUGAACUUGUGUUGUGCUAUACGCGUGAGAUUCUUCUGGAGACCGCACCCAAUUUAGCGGAUUCUAUAUGUUCUUAUCGUGGUGGUUACGUUGCAGAGGAUAGGAGAAAGAUAGAGAGGGAUUUUUUCAAUGGAAAACUUUGUGGUAUCGCUGCAACAAAUGCCCUUGAAUUGGGUAUUGAUGUUGGACACAUAGAUGCAACUCUUCAUUUGGGUUUUCCUGGUAGUAUAUCUAGCUUGUGGCAACAAGCUGGCAGGGCUGGAAGGAGAGAGAGACAUUCUCUUGCAGUGUAUGUUGCAUUUGAAGGGCCCCUUGAUCAAUACUUCAUGAAACAACCAAAUAAACUUUUUGGAAGCCCAAUUGAGCGCUGCCAUGUCGAUGCUAAGAACCAAAUGGUUCUUGCACAGCAUUUGGCUUGUGCUGCUCUAGAACACCCCCUGAGUUCGUCUUAUGAUGAAAGGUUUUUCGGCUCUAGUAUGAACAGUGCCAUAGUACCUCUUAAAAAUAAAGGGUAUUUGAGUCUUGAUCCAUCGUGUAAUUCGUCUGCCGAGAUUUGGAACUAUACUGGGCAAGAGAAAAUGCCUUCACGUUCAGUAAGCAUCCGAUCAAUAGAUUCUGAGAAAUACAAAGUUAUAGACCAGCAAAAGAAAGAAAUCCUUGAAGAGAUCGAGGAGGGCAAGGCUUUCUUUCAGGUAUAUAAAGGUGCUGUUUAUAUGAACCAAGGAAAUACAUACCUGGUCACAAGCUUAGAUACUUGGAGUAAGGAAGCUUUAUGCAAAGCAGCUAAGUUGGAUUAUUACACAAAACCCCGUGAUUGCACAAGAGUUCAUAUCAUGGGCGGUAAUAUGGCUCAUCCACCUAAGGUUUCCAGAACAUCUGCCCGAACAGAUUCUUGCAAAGUAACAACUAGAUGGUUUGGAUACUUUAGCAUAUGUAAAGCAACGCACGAGGUACUUGAAUCAGUUGAACUUAAACUUCCGGAAUAUACUUAUGAGUCACAGGCAGUGUGGGUUCCAGUUCCACAUUGGAUAAGAGAAUCAGUGGAGGCGAAAGACCUUGAUUUCCGUGCUGGACUGCAUGCUGCAACACAUGCUGUUCUACACGUUGUGCCUUUACGGAUAAUAUGCAACUUAUCUGACUUGGCUCCAGAGUGUCCAUACCCUACUGACAAAUCCUAUUUUCCAGAAAGGAUUCUAUUAUAUGACCAGCAUCGUGGAGGGACUGGUGUCUCUGUACAGGUUCAACCGAUAUUUAUGGAGCUCUUUACUCCUGCUAUCGAACUUCUUUCGUCUUGCAGCUGCUCAAGAUCUGGUGGCUGCCCUAACUGUGUACAAAGUUUUGCGUGCGAGGCAUAUAAUGAAGAUUUACAUAGGGAGACAGCAAUUAUGAUCCUUAAGGGUGUUCUUGAAGAAGAAAACUUAAACACGCGGGGAUCUCCCGAGUCAUUGAAAUCUUCGGUGAAGCAAGACGGAAGUAGAGGAACUGGCAAUGGGUACCUACAACCGUCACCGUCACCACCACCACCACAUCCCUAACGCUAAAUGGGAUACUGACCGGAUUAACUUCAUUCUUUCGAAUUCUCGGUAUAUAGAACAAUAAGGUUUACAAGCUUUGCAGUUUUAUUUUAUUUUAUUUGGUCGAAACAAGCUUUGUAAUUUCUCAGCCCCUGUAGUCUACGUUGUAGUAUUUCUUGAUGGAAUGUUUUAUAUAAGGCUAAACUGGGAUUAGCGUUAGAAAUAGGGAACUUUAACGAAAAACUUUUGGUACUGUUUACUUUAACUAAAAACCACAUUUUUACACUAAGAAGUCAAUCUUGAUACUAUUCACUUU